AUCAUGGUACAGGCCCCUGGUUUCGUCCGUUAAAGUUAACUUAUUUAAAUAACAAUCACGGUCCUUCACAGUAAGUGAUCUUACAUACGCAGGUCAAAUCGGAUUUUCUCCACUAAUUGUAAAAAAAAAAAAAAAAAAAAAAAACAAGCUAACAAACUUAAUUGCUAGCAUUAGUGAAGUGGUCAGAGGAAUCUUUCCGCCUCCACCUAAGCUCCGCCCAUAGAAAAACCUCACAAUAUGUAGCCUACUAACAGAAGAAGGGAAAGAAUGAGACCGACUUCUGUAUUUAAACAGCAGCGCAGAUUGGGAGCGUCAGUGUUUCUACUGGGUCAACUACAAUUACGUCGAAGAAAGCGAAAAUGACAACAACUUUCUCUGAGAAAAGAAGUGACAGUAAGCUUACUUCUACAGCAUUUUAAGGCAAGGUUCAAAAAGAAAUGAUUGAUUAAGUCAGUGUGGAAGAACUUGACUGGUCUGCAGAAAACCAAGUCCUGAUCCAAGCUGAACACCUCUGGUGUGGCUUUAAAUGCAGAUCUUGAGCCAGACCUUCACCACCUACUCAGACAACCAGCCCGGUGUCCUGAUCCAGGUAUACGAGGGAGAGAGGGCCAUGACAAAAGACAACAACCUGCUGGGUAAAUUUGAGCUGACAGGAAUCCCACCUGCUCCACGUGGAGUCCCGCUGAUCGAAGUGACCUUUGACAUCGAUGCCAAUGGAAUCCUAAAUGUGUCUGCGGUGGACAAAAGCACUGGAAAAGAGAACAAGAUCACCAUCACCAAUGACAAGGGCAGACUGAGUAAAGAGGAGAUUGAGAGGAUGGUGCAGGAAGCAGACAAAUACAAAACUGAAGAUGAUCAGCAAAGAGAGAAGAUUGCUGCCAAAAACGCCCUGGAGUCUUACGCCUUCAACAUGAAGGUGGAUUAGGUAUGAGAUGGGCAGUGUAAUUGAUUUUGUUCAGGUUUUCUUCUUAAUUCCAGUUACAUCAUUUAUUGUUUAAGAAUUUUUGAAUCAUUUCUUUUGAAUGUUAUUGAAAUGCAUGUUAUAAGAAAUACUAAUGUAUAUGCGUGUAUAUAGACUGCUAAUGGUAUUUCAUGCAUUAUCUGCACUUUACGAAAUAAAUAGAAAGUGUUCAGCAUUCUGACUGUUGAAAUGUGGAAUUGUGAAUCUGUGUGCAUUCCAGUUGUAAGCAUUAAUGUUGUGCCAUAUUCCAUAUGAAGUGUUUUUUUUUUUUGUUCAAGACUCUGAACAUUCUCAAUAAAUUAUUAAAAAUGUAACAAA